UUGAGAAGUUAUUUUUAUACUGAGGGAUGAAAAAUAUACCAAGUGUUUGCUCAGCACUGCGCCCUUUGUAGUCCUGCAAGAAGACGCGAAUAUCAAAUAUGAAGUUUUACCAGAAAACUUGCUUUACUUUUCAGCUGUUUUUGUUUGUUUGUGCGACCAAAGUCAAAUCAGAUGUCUCGACUGUUCAUCUGGGAGAAGUUGUUGUCCUCCACUGUGUCCACUCAAUUGAGAACUUCAGUAUUGUCUCCUGGACUAUGGAUUUUCAUAAUAAGUCUUCCUGUUAUUUGUCCACUAUGGGAAAUGCUACUGAGGAGAGCUGCAACGGCCGAAUGCAUCUGGAUAUAGAUAACAACAAAACAUCUCUCAGGAUACACAGUGGCGCAGUCUUCGAUGAUGGAAAUUAUACAUGUCGUAUUGUCAAUAGGACAGGAACAUUCCUCUACACUGUUGCGUUACAGGUACUAGCUGAACCUUUUUUAUCAAUGAAGACUGAUGAAAAUGGGAAUCCGGAGUGCCGUGCAGUCGGUGGAAAACCAGCAGCAAAUAUUUCAUGGACUCCAGAGUCUACAGAUGACGUAAAGACAAGGAGUAAUAGAGAAUUGAACGGAACCACUACUGUGAUCAGCUCAUAUAACACAUCGAACAAAGACGUGACCUGCAUAGUGUCUCACCCGACUUUUACAAGUCCUAUGGAAAGACGCUUAUCAAAACUUACACUGGGUGCAGGAGGAAAUAACUUAAUCCUAAUCCUUUGCAUAAUAACAGUCCUCGUGCUGCUUCUUGGGCUCAUUUUGUUUUCGAAGCGAUCAAAUCUCAGAACUUGUCUCAACAUGAAACAUGACAUUUCAGCUGCACGAGAAAAUCCUGUCGUGAUGGUGGAGGAAGUGGAGCCGUAUGCAAGUUUUACUGAAAAAGUGAAUACCAUUUACAGCUCCACCUAUGACCUUGCGGAAUAUAAAGGAGCUCAACGAACAAGACAGAAAACUUAGCAAUGCAACCUACAGACCCUAAACUUCUGGAUGGAGCCAUUAAUUUAUUCAUAUUUUUUUCUCAGAAUUAAUAAAUCAGCAAAGAUAUGACUUUUUAAAAUUUUUUAUUUUUUAUUUUAUUGUAGCCUUUGAGACGAGCGAAGUUUGGAAAAAUUUGAUUCAGAUGAUUCAGUUCUUCAAGAAAUUUAAUUAGUUAUGAAUUAAUUUGUCACAAAUAGCAAUAAAUAAGUUAUACCCAGGCUAAUCUGCCUAAUCAUAUUCAUCCCAUUUGGUGGCCUAAUCUCAGUGGGAA